UGCUGGUGGAUCCCGUCUUAGAUGCUACAGCUAAUGCAAAUGAACAUACUAAGGCUAACAGUAAGAUGAAAAGAGACCACGCAGACACUGACCCGUUUGAAGUUGUUCAGAAAGUGUUCCAAGACCCAGAAAGGUUCAUAUUUACGCAUUUUCCAGAUGAAGACUACUGGCAGUUGUUAGCAAGACCAGUUAGUCGCAGCGAGUUGACCGAGCUUUGUUUACUUAGGAGACUAUUCUUUGAUCUUGACAUGGAAUUGCUAAACUACAGUAAAUCAGUCCUAGUGCUAAAACAACCAGAAAUUACUAUUUCAUUGUCGUUUCCGGUUGACGAGCGUCUGCAAUUUAAAUGCAGACUUCUUCCCCACGACAAUUCAAUAAGUGCUGCCCGAAUGAAAACAUAUGUGUUUGUAGAAACGUUGCUCAAUGAGACAAAGGUGAACAUAAGAAUUCGCUUUCCGAAGAAAUGUUCAUACAUAUGUGAUUUAUUUGUUGCCAAGGACGAUUGUGUCUGGGAAGGUUUAAUGACAACACGUAUUGUUUAUGAAAACUCAGCAACCAUAGAUCCGUUUCCAGCCAAUCCAAGAGAAGAAUGGGGACCCGGUUUAGACUCACACAAACUUGGAUUGAAGCCGAAAACCCACCUUCGUGGUGAAAUACUAAUGCAAAAGGGAGUUGUACAGAUCGUGUUCGAAAACUCAAACAAGCUUCAGUUUGAUGCUGUUCUAUUUAGGGAAGACGCUAAAAUUAACCCUAAAAGCUUCAAAGUAAGUUUUCUUCGAGACAAGAAUAACGAAGUUGUGUUUAUUGUGGAGAUUGAGUUAAUGGUACAGGGACUAUUUACAUUACAACUUCUGGCUAGGGAAAAUCAUCAAGCUGAUUUUCAAAACGUUUGCAACUACAUGAUCCGAAAAGAAAGACCAUCACUUAUUCCAACAUUAAGCUUUGAAAGCAAAGACAAAGGAGUGGAAAAGGUGCUCAAAGCACCAGACACGGGCGUGUUACAAAUAAAGGUGGAUACAUCCGGGAUCAUUCAGCUAUCGGUCGAGUUUAAACUACAUGACAAACAAGAGCUGAAUUUCAGCGAACAUUCAAGACAUUGGCUGGAAGAGGACAUAGGGUAUAUUGAGCUGAAUUUUCCAAGGAGCGGCAAGUAUUCUUUAAAGGUCUACGGCCGGGCAAUGAACAAAGGAAAACUCGAGACUUUGAAGGAUGAAACGAUUAUUGCCGACAUACCGUCAAAUAAAUGGUCACCGUUUCCAAAGGAAGGCACAUUUUGGAAUUCGUGGUAUAAAAUUGAAGCUCCGCUGUCUCAUCACCUAGAGGAGAAGGAAGACUUGACGUUUACAGCGAACGUCCAGAAUGCCCACGACGUCGCUGUGUUGAGUGCAAGUGGCUGGUACCAUCUAGAUAGGGUUGAUAAAUCAUGGGCCUGGCAGGGUAAAGUGUGGACAGGCCCCAAGUCAACUAAAUGUCAAUUGCUAGCGCGAUUCGAAGUAGGAAACUCCAAAUGGUCGGAUCUCCUUUGGUUCAAAGUCAUAUCAGAGGACGAUUAUGAAAAGCUUGAGGAACGUCAAAAACGCGCGGUCGACGUCGCCAAGAGUGCAAAGACCGGAUAGCUUUACUGAGAGAAGAAAAUGAUGAGAAUAAUUGAAGCUAAAAUUGACAGAAAGUUCUUUACUUCAUUUUAUUCUUGUAUGUAUAGCCUUAUUCUGACUGGAUAAUGACAGGUUACGAACCAUGUAUACGUGUCCUUAUACGUGUAGUUACACGUACGUGUCAAAGUUACAUUUGGGGUUUUAAAUCGUUUGAGAAAUUUCACUUCGAAGUUGUACUGGACGGAUAGCUGAUGCUUGCAUCAUCACAUUGCCCAUGCUAUUGUAUAUGCCAUUCUUAACCUGUUCAAUGGACACAAACUUUAAUGACGUAGUGCACAAAAAGUAGUCCAAAUGUACACAUACCCCUACAAGUGGUGUUUCGCAACUCUCUAUUUUGUCCAA